CCCUUCUCUAUCUCUAUCUCUCUUUUCAUCAUCUUCACAUUCUCUCCCUCCUUCUCUAAGAAGGUAGGGGGCAACCAGAUCUAAAGUUCAGCUUCUUCCAAAGCCAAAGUCUCUUAUAAUAAUUAUUAUAAUAAAUAUUCAUUCUAUUAUUAUUAUAAACCACCACCACCACCACCACCAUCCUCGAUGGCAUUGAAGAUAUUGUCUAUCCUCUUAGUUCUUGUAGCGGCGGCCUGUAUGGCUGGUAUGUCCGGCGCCUUAAUUCCUGACAAUGACUGGCGCUUCAAGAGUUUGGAUGCAGAUGUUAGCAUUAGCGACAUUGAUGGUGGUGACAACCUUGUGGGCGACUUUGUGGACGAAGAUGAAGAAAUGUCAAUGGAGUCUGAGACCAGCAGAAGGCUUUUGGGGGGUGCCAAGCGCUACAUAAGCUACGGAGCCCUCAAAAAGGAUCGUGUCCCCUGCAACCACAGGGGUGCAUCUUAUUAUAACUGCAAACGCACCAGUCGUGCCAAUCCUUACAGACGCGGGUGCAGUGCCAUCACCAGAUGCGCCAGGAUCCUGAAAUAAGAAAGCUGCUACAACUGCCGCUAUCACCACCACCACAACCACCACCACCGCCACAGAAAUAAUGAUACCACCAUUGAUAGCGACAUAAUCAUCAUACACCAUAUACUCAUACGCCCGUCCAUCCGCACCUGAAGCGGCUUUCUCUGUUCUCUCUGUAAUCCCUACCUUUGAGGGCUUGUUCAUCUUUUUGUAUUUUGUUUGGAUCGGUUUUCUAGCCACGGUUUUCCCUGUUACCCGGUGAAGAAAAUCUGAUUUCUGCUAUUGAUGAUGUUGUGUUUCCACCAUUACAGCCUCCACCAUAUAUAAUCUUAUUCAUCAUGUUUAUUAAGACCAACCUAAUGUAGCUUUUUGGGGCUUGUAGGUGGCAAUUUGUUCU